AUGGCGAUCGUGCGCUCGCCGGUGGGGUCGAUAUCGACCCCGCGUCGACGUCGUCCCGCGGGUUGGGUCGUGCGCGGGGGGGCGGCGCGAUCGAGGGCGGCGAUGGGGUCGGUUUGGGGGCGCUCGGGGGGAGAUCCGAGACGCGACGGGACGGCGACGCGGGCGGUGCGCGCGCCGUCGGUGGACGAGGACGCGAACGGGGUGAAUGACGUCGCGCGUGCGCGGGAUGACGUCGAGUGGGGAAGUCGAGAGCGAGCGAGCGCGUCGGGACAGGCGACGCGCGCGGCGAUGCGCGCGGUGAAGGCGCGCGGCGGGACUGGACGCGCGCGGGCGCGCGGGGCGGAUGAGGCGCGGCGAGUGGAUUUCUGCGUCAUCGGAAGCGGGAUCGCGGGGUUAUCCUACGCCCUGGAUGCCGCCGAAUUGGGCGAAGUCGCGGUCGUGACCAAGGCCCGGGCGUUCGACGCGUCGACGUCGUACGCGCAAGGGGGGAUCAGCGCGGUGGUGGAUAAGCUGGACUCGGUGGAGGAACACGUCAAGGACACGUGCGUGGCGGGUGGGUUUCUAUGCGACGAGAGCGCGGUUCGUGCGAUGGUUGAGGAUUCGAAAGAAGCGGUGGAGCAUCUCAUCGCUCGAGGGACGAAGUUCACUCGAGACGAGCGCGGAGAGUUGCACUUGGCGAGAGAGGGCGGGCACAGCCGUCAUCGCAUCGUGCACGCGGACGACAUGACAGGCAAAGAGAUCGAGCGCGCCCUGCUCGAGGCGGCCAAGGCGCAUCCGAAUAUCACAUUCUACGAGUACCACUUCGCGAUGGAACUCUUGCGAACGCGAGACGGUGAGCGAUGCGCGGGCGCGCUCGUCGUGGACGAGACGCGAGGGACGACCAAGACGUUCGUCGCCUCCACCACCGUGCUCGCGUGUGGAGGCGCCGGGCACUUGUUUCCCAGCACGACCAAUCCAAUGGUGUGCACGGGCGACGGCAUCGCCAUGGCCACCCGCGCCGGAGUCACCGUGGCGAACAUGGAGUUCAUGCAGUUUCAUCCGACGGCGCUCUACACGGGCGUCGGCGGCGCCGCAAAGCUCUCGCCGAACGAGAACGCAUUCUUGAUCACCGAGGCCGUGCGCGGACACGGUGGACGACUGUACAACGUUCACGGCGAACGAUUUAUGUCUAGGUACGACGAACGCGAGGAGCUUGCGCCUCGGGACGUCGUUGCUCGGAGCAUCGACAGCGAGAUGAAGCGCACCGAGUCUCCAUGCGUCUUUCUGGACAUCACGCACGUCGACCCCGACGAAGUCCGUCUGAAUUUCCCAGGUGUUGCCGCGGAGCUCGAUCGACGAGGGUUGGACAUGACGACCGAACGCGUUCCCGUCGUUCCGGCGGCACAUUACAUGUGCGGUGGCGUUUCGACGAAUGAAAACGGCGAAACCUCCCUUCGCGGGUUGUUCGCGUGUGGUGAAGUCGCGUAUACCGGCGUACACGGUGCGAAUAGACUGGCGAGUAAUUCAUUGCUCGAGGGUAUCGUCUUCGCCCGCCGUGCCGUGCGAGCCGUGUCGAACGAGAUGGACGCCCUGCGAGAGGAACUUCCCGCGCUUGACGUCGACGAAGACGCUUUGUGCCAGUGGAUCGAGGAACACUGCAGAGAACUCGCGCGGGGCGCAGUUAUUAAAAAUUUUACGAGUGGUCACGAUACGUGGGAGAGAGAGUUGCGCCAUGAGAUUCAGAGAAUUAUGUGGAACGCGGCGGGCAUCGUGCGAACGACAGCGGAGAUGGAGCACGCGCUCGGUAGACUGAACGAAAUCGCAGUGAUGUGCGACGAGCGAGCGACCUCGAUGAAGGGCUACACAAUGGCGUUGGCCGAGAUCAGUAACUUACUCGUCGCUGGAAGGCUCAUGCUACGAUGCGCGCUGAUGCGCAAAGAGUCCAGAGGCUUGCAUUACACCCUCGAUCACCCCGACUCAGUCGAGGCGGAGAAGAGACCGACGUUGAUUUGUGAGGACAAGGAGAGCGCCGCGGAGGUGGCCCGCAUUCACGUGCCCUUACCGAGAUAG